AUUUCUUGAACGGUCCCCAAGCCUUAAAAUAUCUUCUUCCCCCUAAACCCUUUGACCUGAACUUGCCCGUACUUACUCCCUUUUCUAGGGUUUAUCUCCUCCCCCAAAAGGUAGGGUUUCAUUACAAAUACUAUGAACGUCUUGUUCAAGAGAUCGGCCUCGAUCGCCACCUCGGCGUCGAGGCAAACCCUAGCUGCUCUCCUGCGGCUGACCCCCUCCGAAUCUUUCACGUCAUCCUCAACCUCGAGGUCUGGUAUUGCCCAAUUGAAUGGAUCCACUGUCUUUGAGAUUCGAAGCAGAGAGAUCCAUUUCGCUACCAAAAGCUUGGAGUUUAGGGCCUCUGAUGUUGUCCGAGCCGGGUUUGCGAUGGAAGAUGGCUUCUUUGAUGAGAAGGAGAAGGGUUCGAGCUCGAAGAAAGGAGGAGACGAGGGUCUUGAGAUCGCUAAAUUGGGGAUUAAUGACAAAAUAGUCAGGGAUCUCGCGAACCGGGGAAUAACUAAGCUAUUCCCUAUUCAGAAAGCUGUUCUCGAGCCAGCAAUGCAGGGACGUGAUAUGAUUGGUCGAGCAAAAACAGGGACAGGGAAAACUCUUGCUUUUGGAAUCCCCAUUAUUGAUAAAAUCCUACAACACCAAAAGAAACAUGGUCGUGGAAGGUUCCCUUUGGCCUUAGUCUUGGCACCAACUAGAGAACUAGCUAAGCAAGUUGAGAAAGAAUUUGCAGAAUCUGGGCGAUCUGCCGAAUUGGAUACUCUCUGUGUCUAUGGUGGCGUGCCCAUCCGUUCACAAAUGAGAACUCUUGAUUAUGGGGUUGAUGUGGUAGUUGGGACCCCUGGGCGUAUUAUUGAUUUGAUAAAGAGAGGUGCCUUAAAUUUGAGGGAAGUUCAGUUUGUUGUCCUUGAUGAAGCUGAUCAAAUGCUUGCUGUGGGUUUUGAGGAAGACGUAGAGAACAUUUUAGAUAACCUACCCCCAAAACGUCAGAGUAUGAUGUUCUCGGCCACGAUGCCAAGUUGGAUAAAAAAACUUACCCAGAAAUACCUAAAAGAUCCAGUUACUAUAGAUCUUGUUGGCGAGAAUGAUCAGAAAUUAGCAGAAGGUAUUACUUUGUAUUCUAUUGCUGCAGAUGGUUAUGGGAAGCCAUCCAUUCUUGGGCCUUUAAUCAAGGAACAUGCUAAAGGAGGAAAAUGCAUUAUUUUCACUCAAACAAAGCGUGACGCAGAUAGGCUGGCUUAUGGUAUGUCCCGCAGUUUUGGAUGUGAGCCUCUGCAUGGGGACAUUUCACAGAGUCAGAGGGAAAGAACACUUGCAGGCUUUCGUGAUGGACGCUUCAAUAUUUUGAUUGCUACUGAUGUUGCUGCUCGUGGGUUGGAUAUACCAAAUGUCGAUCUGAUAAUACAUUAUGAAUUGCCAAACACAUCCGAGAUUUUCGUUCAUAGAUCUGGUCGAACAGGGCGAGCUGGGAAGAAAGGCAGUGCAAUUCUUAUCUAUACUAAUGAGCAGAGACGAGCUGUUAGGGGUAUUGAGUAUGAUGUGGGAUGCAAGUUUGCAGAGCUUCCAAGGAUCACUGUAGAAGGUGGAAGUGAAGAUUUUGCUAGCAUGGGCGGGGGAAGAUACAAUUCAUUUGGUGGUGGUGGUCGGAUGGGCAGUGGUGACCGCAUGGGUAGUUUUAGCCGUGGCGGCGAGGUGGCCCUUCAUCUGGCCGAAUGGGCGGCUAUAAUGAAUCUGGGUCAGAUCGUUUUGGUUCAUUUGGUGGUGGAUCUGGUUUCGGGCGUAGUGGUGGGUUUGGUAACUCAAAUUCUAGGAGUUCUGGAGGCUCUGGAAGUUUUGGGGAUUUAGGGUUCGGGAGAUCAAGAAAGUCGGAGAAAUCUGAUUCAGGUCGAUCUGAUGGUUUCGGUUUUGGGAAUUCUAAGGGAGGAGAUUCUGACUGGGAUAAAUUUUGAUUUUCUCUGACAAGCCAGAUCAUUUAUGAGUUCUUGAGUUCUGCUUCUGUUUCUUGCAUCUACAUCUACAUUGACGGUUUAACUAUAACGUAUUCCUCUGUAAAUAUUCUAAGUAAUGUUCAUUUUUGUGAUCGAUGCUGUGAUAAUUUGAUGCACCAGCAAGCAAAAUGUAGCUCAUCAUAAAUGGUGUAUUGUUGGUCAUAGUUAUAGUAAUGAUAAUCUGUCAAUCUGCUUCACUGGGGGCUAAUUAUUCUUGAAGGCGGCGGAUAGGUUGUGCAAUAUUUUAUGGCAAUAUUAUGUUAUUGUAAAGUGAAGGUGUUAAACUAAUUAUAAAGAAUAAUUCAAGUUUGCA